ACGAGAAUAAGAGUCAUCGUUGCUCCUAUCCCUAUGCCUCUGGUUUUCUUCCGCAAGCUGUUAUCUCUCGCACGCAAACGACUAGCGCAGCAAACACCCCACCUCGCUCGCGAUCGCGGCACGGCGGCGGCAAUCCACCGCGGCUCGCUGCCUUCGCCAGUGAUCUGGCCUCUUCGAGUUUCGCCAUCAGAUAAUCAUCCCCAGCCACUCCCCUCAUCUCCCAUCCCCUCCCUUCCCCUUCCGCUGAAUCGGCGCGGAGAGGAUGGCGUCCCGGCGGGGCAGCAGCAGUUGCGCGCUCUGCGAGGGAUCCAACCUGCCGUCUUGUUGCGCCUCGUGCGUCAACGCGAGGCUGGUCGAGUACCACACGAGGCUGCGCAUGAUGAGGAGCCUCCGCGACUCCCUCCACGGCCGAAUCGCCGCACGCCUCGAAGCCAAGAGAAAAACAGAUGAGCAGCGGAUCUGGAGAACAAGCAAAGAACAGGAUAUCAUGGAGUUGAGGAAUCGGCUCACUGAAUUGAAGAGAAAAACUGCCGUAGACAAGACCGAGGUCGAGCAGGCAUCGAGUGAUCUUAAGGCAAAAAUUGUGCCAUUGAAUUUGGCUCUUGCCACGCUAAAAAAGAGACGAGCUGAUGCAGUGGCCAUGCACACCAAUGCCAUGAAAGUUGCUCAGAUGAAUCUCAUGGCAACCACCUCAGAUUGUAUGAAAAUGCAAUCAAAAUCUGUAAAGCAACUUUGCAGAUUGUUUCCAAUGCGACGAGUAAUUAAAGAGGGAGAAAAGAAAGACGGCUACAAUGGUCCGUAUGAUUCAAUAUGUGGGGUUCGUCUUCCUCGUGGUCUUGAUCCACAUUCUAUUUCAUCAGAAGAACUGUCGGCAUCUUUGGGGCACAUGCUACAUUUCAUCAAUAUAGCAGUUCGUAUCUUAUCAGCACCUGCUCUUCAUGUAUCAGGCUGUAAGGGCUCAUGCUCAAAUAUAUGGCAGCGGAGUUCCUACUGGAGCACACGACAGUCCCAGAGCAAGGUUUACCCUCUUUUUAUACCUAGGAAAAAUGUUUGCACAGGUGGUGAAGAAACUUCAUUGACAGAAAGUGGCUCGAGUAACUUUGGGGUUGACUCUGUGGAUUCUGUCAAGAAACCGUCUUUUGAUCCCAAGAGAAGCAAUAGCUUUAACUUUUCUGGUGCAUCUUCCCACUCCAUGGAGAGGCAUCAAUAUUUGCAGAGAGGAAUAUCACUAUUAAAGACAAGUGUUACAGCCAUUACUACCUACUAUUACAACUCACUGGGCUUGGAUGUGCCAUCCAAUCUUUCUACUUUUGAGGCGUUUGCUAAGUUGCUCCAUAUGUUGUCGUCAUCAAAGGCCCUUCGAACUGCCUUUGAAUUGGACAUUGCUUCAAGGUCAGAGAAGCAAGCCCAGCAGCUGAACAGAUCGAUUUGGAAGGCAAGUUCUGCCAUAUCAUCGGACAGCAGUUUUAUGGACAGCAUGCACACAACCAUCAUGCCCAGCACUCUGGACAACCUCCUCAUGAACUCAGACGAGAGCCUGUACACUGGUAAGCUGGUGAAGCAUGGUGGUGCGCCAGAUAGCAUAUUUGACAGCUGGGACAUAGUAGAGCGUGAGGUUCUACCACCACCACCCUCGCGGGUUGAAGACGUCGCUCAGUGGGAAUGGGCCAUGUAUGCUGGCAGCACCAAAAAGAAAUGACCUCUAUUUACAAAUCCUCCGUGAAGCCCAAACUGUUAGACACUGCAAGAGCUUCAGUUUAGAUAUGUAAGUACUUGAUCACUAGGCUCUUAGAAACCGGGAAUGUGGAACUUGGCCACGUUCCUCAUUUCUGGAACGUGGGAAUAAUCUCGUUCCCAUAGUUUUAAAACCUAAUUUAAAUAGCGUACUGUGUACAAUGUUCCUAUUUCUCGAUCCAUUCAUUGAUUCGAUCUGGGGACCUGGUUACUAAGAUCAGGCUCCGGUCCCAUGUACAGUAUCAGUCCAGACCUAACCUCGCCCUGUGGGGCUGACCUGUGAAUCAUCUAUACUGCAAGAAUGCACAUAGGAGAAUUGCAGUGUAGAGUUGAUUUGCUGCCAUCUCUACAUCAGUACGUGUACAUGAGGGCAGCCCUGUAAAUUUGUAAAUAUAACCCCUGUACCGUUUAGAAAUGAAAAUAAAAUACUUGGAAUAC